AUUCAAUCAAUGUUUGAUUCCAUUUGCAGGGUUGUUAUUGUAAUUUCACUCCCUUUGGCUUUUGAGAAUUGUGGAGAGAGAAUUAGAGAGACUCCAGAAUCUUGAGUUCGCGGGAGGGAAGAAGCAACUCGCUCCCCCUUUUCAAAUUUUCACUCUCAAUCUUCGAAUUUCUAGUAUCAAACCCUUCUAGAAAGAUGAAAUCGGAUUAUGGAAGUAAUAUUGCCAAAUUAAAGGAGAUGGGAGAGCUUUCAGCUCCCCCUGGUUUUGCAUCGCUUACAUCUUUCAUUUUGAAAAAGGGUAAAAAGGUUACAGAAAAUGACAAGCGUGCAACCUGUCUGAAUGAAACUAAGCAUGUGCCAGUUGAUGCAGACGGUAAAAACGACGUGAAUGAUAUUGGUACAUAUUACCAGAUUUUUAAGAAUCGACCCUGGAUACUCUCUGACCAGAGCAAGAGCAACGACAAACCUGAGGAGUCUCACACUGAAUUUAUUCCUAUGGAUCACUCGUCAAAUGCUAGUCGUCCAAAAGGGAUCACUCGUGGAUGUCCAAACUGCAAUAAUUGUUUGAAGCAAGGUGGCAUCCUGAGGAUGCAACGAGAGAAGCCCUUGAAGAAGCUCCACUUUUCAACCCAACAGAAGAGGUACCUACCACCUAAACCUAAUAUAACUGUGUACAUUAUGAAGGAAUUCAAUGACACCCUCAAAUAUAUUGCAAGCAUACGAUCUAGCGCAGAGCCUUAUGGAAUUUGUCGUAUUGUACCUCCUACUCGCUGGAAACCACCAUGUUCUCUUGAGGAAAAGAACUUAUGGGAAGGCUCUGAAUUUGUUGCUCAAAUUCAACAAAUAGAUGGAAUCCAAGUUCAGCAUGCAGAAGAAAAUGUGGCUAGUUCUUGUGAAAAUACAAAGGCCAAGAGAAGAAGGGUGACACCAGUAGAUUUGGACUCUCAUCUUGCGAAUGCAAGCACUUGCACCGUAAAUAGUCAGGGUGUUGAAGAUUGUGUCUCUGAACCCUGUCCUAAAUUCAGUCUCAAGACGUUUAAGAAUUUUGCUGAUGAAUUCAAAAUCCAGUACUUUGAUUAUGAGGGCAAGAAUAAGAAUGUGGGUUCUGAUUUAAAUUUAGCUACAAAUCAACAUAAGUGGGAGCCAUCUGUGGAGAAUAUUGAGGGUGAAUAUGGAAGGAUUGUUCAAAAUCCAACUGAAAAAAUUGAGGUGCUUCAUGGUAACACUUUGGAGGCUGAAGGUUUUAGCAGUGGAUUUCCUACAGCUGCUGAUUCUGGGGAGGAACACAUUUCCCCUGAAUAUUUGAAAUCUGGAUGGAACUUAAACAACAUAAAUUCAUUGCCUGGUUCUCUUCUUUCUUUUGAAAGCUCUGGUGCUUCACAUAAUUUUGGUCAUCGAAUUCAUGUUGGAAUGUGCUUCACUCUGCAAAAAUGGAAAGUUGAAGAGCACCACUUAUACUUAUUAUCAUACCUGCAUUUGGGUGAGCCUAAAGUGUGGUAUAGCAUCCCACGAAGAUAUGCUGCCAACUAUGAAACAAUUAGGAAGAAGUAUUUAUCAGGUCUGCAUGCAAGACAGCCUGAUAUUGAUGAUAAUCUGAUGAUGCAGUUAUCCUGCUUCAUAUUGAAGGCAGAGGGAAUACCUGUAUAUCGCUGUGUUCAAUAUCCUCGUGAGUUUGUUCUUGUCUUCCCAGGAGCAUAUCAUUCUGGAUUUGAUUGUGGUUUCAAUUGUUCUGAAUCAGUAAACUUUGCUCCUCUCGAGUGGCUUCUUCAUGGACUGAAUGUGGUAGAGCUAUAUUGUGAGAAGAGGAAAAAGACAUUAAUUUCGUAUGAUAAACUUUUGCUGGGAGCAGCAAAGGAAGCUGUAAAGGCACGAUGGGAAAUCGAUCUGUGUAUGAACGACAUGACAGAUAAAUUAACAUGUAAAGAUGCGUAUCAAAGAAGUGGGAUCUUAGCAAAAGCUCUGGGUGCUCGUGUUAAGAGCGAAAGUAUCAAGAGAGAAUACCUAUGCAGUUCUUUGAAAUCACAAAGAAUGGAUGAAAGUUUUGACACUUGUGUCAAGAGGGAAUGCGGCAUAUGUCUGUGUGAUUUACACUUGUCUGCUGUACAUUGUUUGUGUUCAGAAGACAAGUUUGCGUGCCUGGAUCACGCGAAACAGCUUUGUCCAUGCAGUUGGAGCAACAAAAUCCUCCUCUACCGUUAUGAAAUUAGCGAGUUGAAUGUUCUUUGUCAAGCUUUGGAAGGAAAGUUAAGUGCAGUCUAUAAAUGGGCGAAAGAGUAUCUUGGAUUAAGAUUUCAGUCUGUUGCCUCCAAUAGACAAAUGAAACAAAACGGAGCGGCAUCAGGAAUCGUGGGGAACCCUCGCGGCAAUUGUAUUAGUUCUUUCAGCAUUACCCCAAAAGAGAAGACGAAAGCAAAAGAGAAAACGUUGGGGGGCCGACCUCCUAGAUCAUGUGCUAAUGGAGGAACCAAUUCCACCAGUAUCAAAACUGAUAUGAAGGCACCUGUGAGUAAGAGUAAGCCAACAACUUCAAAGAAGGUACAGCGCGAUCAGAAAGUAUCUACAGUUUCUUCGAUCACGAACUCACGAUACUUGUCUUUUCUACAGCAAAAUACAUUAGUCGAAGUGCCAUCUGAUAGUUGCUCUUCCUCUUCCUCAGAAUCUGACAAUGCGUAAGCAGUAGCUUGCUUCAGGAUAAUGAAAUUUUCAUGCAAAUUUCUGUAUUGGGACCUCCCAUGGCUUGUAAUGUAGCAAUAAACUAAGAAUAUCAACAUUUAAAACUUGAAUUGCAUUUUUUUAAGAUAUGACAUGACUAGGUGAGAAAACAUAAGGCCUUGAAUCUUAGUGUAU